AUGAAGCUGGUGAUCCUGCUCAUUAUAGCUUUCCUGCAACAUGCAGUAAGUUCCAUGGAAGACUUACUGGAAACAUUCAGUGAAUUUUUUAAAAAAACACAAAAUAAAGGCCUAACUGAGCCCUGCAGAGCAGCCUUAGGAAACGUUUCUAGUUGGACUUUGUUGAAAAUUUUCGAUGCAAGCUCGAAAGUACCAUCAGGAGUUUUGAACUUGAACAUGUUUGAUUUGGGGAAUUUCGACGAAUGUUACCAACUAUUUGAAGAGAUUGAUGAUGGCACCAUAACUUAUGGGAAAUAUUGUUUAAGUACCAUCAAUAUUGGUACUUCUAUACCAUUAAGGCAGGAUGGCAAUAAAGAUACAAAAAUGUUGGGAACACGACAUGUGGGUUUGCACCUUGCUUAUUGUCUUCUCAGCCCUUGCACCUCUGAAGACUUUGCUAAUAUUUUUAAGUGGGCCACUUUUGAUGACCAGUACUGUUACUCACAAGAUACUGAUCCUGAACUGGAUGCAAGUGACUGUACAGCCAUAGUUAUUUUCAGUAUAUUGGCCCUCUUGGUAAUUUUAUCAACCUCCUACGACUUAUUCCUUUAUUACACCGAAAAAGAAGCCCCACACGUAAUAUUCCUGGCGUUCUCCCUCCGGAGCAACGGCCGGAAGAUCCUGAAAACAACCUCGUCCGGUGGCCAGCUGUCCUGCAUCAACGGCUUCAAGGCCUUGAGCAUGAUGUGGGUGAUUUACGGGCACGAGAACAGUCUUUUAAUGACCGGGGGCACGAUGAAUUACAAAGAUGUAAGCUCGUUCGCGAUGGACAAGAAGAACAUGUACGUACUUGCGGCACAGGUUUCAGUCGACACGUUUUUCGCCAUUGCCGGACUGUUAACUGUUUACUCUGUACUUAAGAGUAAAGUUAAAGGGACGAACUUCGUCCACAAUCUUCCUAAGUUUUACGUUCACAGAUACUUAAGACUCACACCUGCGUUUGCCUUUAUAAUUCUCUUCAACUCGACCUUGUUGAGGUUUAUGGGAAGUGGACCCUUCUGGGGGAACGUCCAAGAAGAAGUUAAUAAGUGUCGAAGUGGUUGGUGGGGGUCUUUGUUGUACAUACAAAACUAUAUAGACCCCCUUUCUAGUUGUGCUCCUCAGUCAUGGUAUUUGUAUGUUGACACACAACUCUUUGCUGUUUCACCUUUAGUAAUAAUUCCAUUGUUGCUUUGGCCAACUAUUGGACUUGCCUUUCUGGGGUUUCUAAUUUUGGCUGGAAUUGUUAUACCAUUUAGCAUUACCUACGGCUUAGACUUAUCUGCAGGCUUGAUAACAGGUGAAAAUUACCUUAAAUAUUAUUAUACUCAACCUUACUCGAGGUGUGGGCCAUAUUUUAUUGGAAUGUUGUUUGGGUGGCUAAUUUACAAACUAAAAACUGAUGAAAUUGUUGUCAGCAAAAGAACUUGCCAUCAGAUGGCUGUAGUUUUGUGGCCAGUUGCUGUAGCUGGCACUGCAGCUUGCCUUUAUGGAGGAGCAGACUUGGUAAUAGGAGAGAACACAAGUAUAUUGGCCUCGUCCUUUUACAACGGCUUUAACAGGAACUGUUGGGCUCUAUCCUGCUGCAUUAUCAUCACGUUAUGCUCUAUCGGACAUGGAGGCAACACAUCAGUUAAUACUAAAAUGAAUACGUCUGCUAAUAGUUUUGUUUCAGGUCCAAUUAAUGCGUUCCUCUCUCUGCCAUUGUUUCAAAUUUUAGCAAAGUUAUCGUACUCAAUGUACCUGGUUCAUUACACCAUUGUAAUUACGGUUCGACUCAUGAGCAUUAGGGCACCGAUUUAUUUUUCGUUUUGGUCAGUUGUUCACUCGUUUUUGGGAGAUUUUAUGUUGACGUUAAUUGGGGCGUUCUUCUUGUCUUCCAUACUUGAAUCCCCCGUUAUGAUUAUUGAAAAAUUCAUAUUCAGCAAUGAUAACCACUCAAAGACUCAGAAUAAAUCUCCAAGCUUCACCUCAGUUACAUUCGCAAGGAUGAAGCUGGUGGUGUUGGUCUUAAUAAGUUUACUGCAACUUGCAGUAAGCUUUAACACUACAUCCAUUAAAGAUUUAGUACAAGUAACUUCCAGUGAAUAUUUUAAGCAAUUACAAAAUGAAGGCGUGAGUGAGUUGUGUAGGGCAGCCUUAGGAAGUGCCUCUUUUUCAACUUUGAUACAACUUUUCGAUGCCAGCUCCAAAGUACCAUCAGGAAUUUUGAACGUGGACAUGUUUGACUUGGGAAACUUCGACGAAUGUUAUAAACUGUCUGAGGAGAUUUCUGGCGCCACUAUAUAUGGGAAAUAUUGCCUUAGUACCAUCCAAAUUGACCCAUCUAUACUCUUUAACGACACCAAAAGUACAAGAAUGUUGGGUAAGCACAACAUGGGGUUGCACCUUGCUUAUUGCUUACUCAGCCCCUGCACCACCGAAGAUUUUGCCAGUAUUUUUAAGUGGACCAGCUUCGAUAACCAGUACUGUUACUCCCAAGACUCUGAUCCUAAACUGGAUGCAAGUGACUGUACUGCCAUAAUUAUUUUCAGCAUAUUUGCCCUCUUGGUAAUUUUAUCAACCACCUACGACAUACUCCUUUAUUACACCAAAAAAGAAGCCCCACACCAAAUCCUGUUGGCGUUCUCCCUCUGGAGCAACGGCCGCAAGAUCCUGAAAACGACGACCCCGUCCGGCGGCCAGCUGUCCUGCAUCAACGGCUUCAAGGCCCUGAGCAUGAUGUGGGUGAUUUACGGGCACGAGAACAGCAUUUUACUGAACAGCGGCGCCGUGAAUUACCUGGACAUAAGCUCGUUCAUGAAGGACAAGAAGAACAUGUACGUGCUGGCUGCGCAGGUUUCGGUGGACACGUUUUUCUCCAUUGCAGGACUGCUGACUGUUUACACGGUUCUUAAGGCUAAGGUUGAGGGGAUGACGUUCGUUCGUAAUCUUCCGAUGUUUUACGUUCAUAGGUACUUAAGGUUAACUCCUGCGUUUGCAUUUGUCAUCCUAUUUAAUGCAACCCUGUUGAAGUUUAUUGGAAGUGGACCCUUUUGGGGUAACGUACAAGAAGAUAUUGAUAACUGUCGGGAAGGAUGGUGGGGAUCCAUGUUAUACAUCCAAAACUACAUAGAUCCUCUUUCUACUUGUGUUCCUCAGUCAUGGUACUUAUAUGUUGACACACAAUUAUUCGCAGUUUCACCUUUGGUGAUAAUCCCAUUGCUGUUUUGGCCAACCAUUGGACUUGCCUUCCUGGGGUUACUUAUUUUGGCCGGAUUUGUUAUACCAUUUGCUGUCACUUAUGAUUUAGACUUGUCUGUGGCUCAAAUUGACAUGGACACAAGUCUUAGGUACAUGAAAUACUAUUACACCCAACCCUACACAAGAUGCGGCCCAUAUUUUAUAGGAAUGUUGUUUGGUUGGCUCAUUUACAAACUAAAAACUGAUGGUAUUGUUGUGAGCAAAAAAACUAUGCACAAGAUGUCCAUAGUUUUGUGGCCAGUUUCCUUGGCUGGCACCGCAGCUUGUCUUUAUGCAGGAGGAGACCUUGUAACAGGCGUCAACACCGACAUUUUAGACACAUCAUUUUACAACGGCUUCAACAGGAACUGUUGGGCCCUAUCCUGCUGCAUCAUCAUCAUGUUAUGCUCUAUUGGAUAUGGAGGUCCAAUUAAUGCCUUCCUGUCGAUCCCACUGUUUCAAAUACUAGCCAAGUUGUCUUACUCCAUGUACUUGGUUCAUUUCACCAUUGUGAUCACAGCACGUUUCAUGAGCAUUAGGGCACCAACUUAUUUUUCGUUUUGGACACUCAUUCACUCAUUUUUUGGUGAUUUUAUGUUAACUUUGGUUGGAUCGUUCUUUUUGUGUGCCAUCUUUGAAUCUCCCGUUAUGAUUAUCGAAAAAUUCAUAUUUGGUAAUGAUAACCGUCCAAAAACUCAAAAGAAAUCUCCAGAUGAAAGUAAAAUUUAAUACUUAAAUCUAGUUAAAUUAAGUUAUAUUAUAUUAAUAAAUUAUUAUUUUUA